AUUGCAGUUAUCCAGGAAGUGUGAAUCAAGUUUAUUGUGCCUAUUCAGGGCCCAGAAGGCCUAUCAACUUCAUUGUCACCAUCCAAAGUCCAUUACUGAUGCAAUAACAAUCUCUAAACCACGGAAGAAUUUGUACUGCCAAGAUUGAUGUGUCACUCUCGUCUUCAAGGAUGACUGUUUUUCUUCUAUAGUCCAAACGUUGAUCCACUGAGAUCCUAUCCAUCCUAUCAUCAUGACGAAAAGUGUGACUGUCACCUAUGCCUUAUGGGCAAUGGGUGGACCGUUGGGCCUUCAUCACCUGUACUUAGGCAGAGACAGCCAUGCCCUGCUAUGGAUGCUAACCCUUGGGGGCUUUGGAGUUGGCUGGGCCAGAGAGUUCUUUCGUAUCCCUGCAUAUGUGGGAGAAGCCAACCGGGAGACAGUAGGAGGGUUAAGAGAUAGCAAAAGGCACCCUAUAGCCAGACCUCCACCUGUGAGCAUUGCCAGAUUUGCUGGUCAGAUUUCCGUAGGGAUCUAUUUCGGAACGGUGGCACUGAUCGGCCUGAACUCACUGAGUUUCUUCUACCUGAUUGUACUGCCGCUGUGUGUGGGCGCCGGGGUCCACCUGGUUUCCAGUGUGGGAGAGCAGACAACUGACCUACACAAGACCCUCAUCGCCUGUGUCAUCACCUCCCCUAUCUUCUAUGGCAGCACCAUCUCCCCUCUGCCCAUCAGUAUCGCUGCCAGCGUCACAGCGUCACAGCACCGCAGGUUCAAAACCCAUCCAUCUUCUGGGAGUCAACAAGAACUGGGUCCUCGUCUCUACCGUCUGGCCCUCGUCUGGCUGGCAUUCUCAGCUCCACUGGGAUACAGUAUCUUCCACAACACCACAGCCACUCUCUACUACCUGUCUGACUGUGUGGCAGCCCUGCUGGACAUGUUCUGGUUCUUUCCCUGGCUCCGCUCGGUGGUGGAGUAUUUCCUGCUGCUACCCUACAGGAUACUGGGUGCUUUCACGGGCUGGGGCCCCUCGGAGGAGAGUUGGAGGAAGGUUUUGGAGAUCCUGCUCACAGAGCGCAGUCAGAGGGAGAGAGAGGCACUGCAAAUGUUGUCAGUGAAUAAGGAGGCUUCUAUGGAUGAGAUAACACAUAGCUACAGAGAGCUGGUGAAGGUGUGGCACCCAGACCACAACCCUGGCAGCAAGAUGGAAGAGUCACAGAAGAUGUUUAUACAGAUCCAAGAAGCCUAUGAGACUCUGCUCAGAGGACAGAAGCUUGAGCAUCGAAAUAAAUGAUUUCCCUGCUCGACCCGUCAACCCAAAUGCCAAUGACGUGGCACGGACUUGGUCGUCCGCUCACAGGAUCAAUUGUCAUAAUGUGUUUUAUCCAAGCCAAGAAGGGAUACUUUCUAGAUGCAGAUUACAUUUUGUCGUAGCCAGGUUUCUCUCUUUUAAUGAUAUGUAUUUUAUUUUCUCAGACAAACAUGUCACACGGGUUCUUAUAACAGGAUUACAGCAGCAUAGCAAUAUUGUAAACAAUUUCAAGCUGUUAGACAGCUGUACAUUGGGGUUGAUGUUAAAACAUAUGUUCUGUAUACAACUUCUUGAUAAUAGUGACUCCAAUAUUAUGGUUGCUCUCUUAUAAUGACAAAAAUAAAUUGCUGCCAUCUUGUGGUGAAUUGUAGAACGCCAACUAUAAUGACUGUCAAUUAAUAUAAUAGAAAAAUGCUCUCUAGACCCAAACAUCACACCUUUCUGAUUUCAAAUACGUACUUUUUGGUGCCUCAAUAAAUCUGCUGUUUUCCACAUCUUUAAUUA